AUUAUUUUUUUUCCCCCAUCUGGCUUUUUUUCCCCCUGGGGGGCUUGUGGUGUGUCAAGGAAGCCGGCGCGCUCCCAGGAGUUGGGAUUAUUUGCACAACGUCUGUAUAUUGGGUUCUUGAUCCUGUUUUAUUUUUAUUUUUGAAGCGCAGAGGGGUUGUUGGGUUUUUAUUUGGUUUUUUUGUUGCUUUUUUUUUUUUUGCCCCUCCACACCACUCUUUUCUUGGGUUUUUCCCCUGCCACUGUCAGCAUCACCUCACCUUCCCACUGUUCUCACCAUGGCCCGGAUGAACCGCCCUGCGCCCGUGGAGGUCUGCUACAAAAACAUGAGGUUCCUCAUCACCCACAACCCCACCAAUGCUACGCUCAGCACCUUCUUGGAGGACCUGAAGAAAUACGGUGCCACCACGGUCGUGCGAGUGUGUGAAGUGACCUAUGACAAGACCCCCCUGGAGAAGGACGGCAUCACUGUCAUGGAUUGGCCAUUUGAUGAUGGAGCACCUCCUCCCAGCAAGAUUGUGGAAGAUUGGCUGAACUUGUUGAAGACCAAGUUCUGCGAGGACCCUGGCUGCUGCGUGGCCGUGCACUGCGUGGCCGGCCUGGGGCGCGCUCCCGUCCUUGUCGCGCUGGCCUUGAUCGAGAGUGGGAUGAAGUAUGAAGAUGCCAUCCAGUUCAUCCGACAGAAGCGCAGAGGAGCCAUCAACAGCAAGCAGCUGACGUACUUGGAAAAAUACCGACCAAAGCAGAGACUCCGAUUUAAGGACCCUCAUAACCACAAGAACAAAUGCUGCAUCAUGUAACCUCAAUGACCUCUUGCCAAAAUCCGUGCACAGACCCCAGGCACUCGCACACAUCCCCCCCUCACCUCCUCGCCCAGCCCUGCGCUCCCCUCUGCCGGGCUGGGCUGGGACACGGAGCAUCUCCAGUGUGUCCAGCACUCACAGCACACUCGUCUUGCUGGAUCCCCAAAAAAGGCUGCUGUCUCCAGCUGCAGCCCCGAGGAGGGAAGGCAGCGCUGCCCUUUGACUCUUGGUGUUAGCAGGCAGUGAGCUCCUGUGACCGUUCUUCAUCACCAUCCUCCUCCCUCCUUUCUCCCUCCCUGUUACAUUGAGAGGGAUGGGCAAAGGGUGCUUGGUUUGGGGUGAUGCAGACAGGGCUGUGCCAGCUUAGAAGGGAUGGGGUGCAGAAGGGCACCCCCAGAAAAACCUUUCCCCACCUCUUCCUCAUAAAUAAGGGCUGCAGCAGCAGGGGCAGGGGUGGGGAUGGCACAGUGGCCUCGGGGGGGAAGGUGGUGAUAGCAGGGAGAGGUGACAGGGGCCCUUAGCUCAGUGACCCUUGUGACCAGGGGAAGGGCUGAGCUAAGGCCCUCAGCACCAUUCCCUCUCUCCUGGCCCCUCUGGCAGCUCACCACCUCUCUGUUGCCUCAAUGCCAGCCAGGAUGCUGCAGAUGGGGCUCGCUGGGGACGUGCCCCAGUGGAGGCAGAGCUGCUGGGAACCUCGGGGACCACAGCAGGACUUGGAGGCACUCAGCUUUGCUGGGAUGCUGCAUCAGCACUGGGUCCCCCAAAGUGUGGGGUGCUCUUAUUCAUAGCUUCCAAAUUCAGUGCCCAGAGUGGUGGGUUCUCUGCUGUUGUGUCCCCAUCCCUGACCUGUGGCAUAAACCCCAAUUCUGGCUGCAGUGCCCUGGGGACACAUGGUGCCUCUCAAGGCACAUCCAUGUCCUCCACCACCACUGCAUUUGCUGGUUGAGGGGCUGGGCUGCAGCUUUCCUAGGGGAUUUUGGUUGUUCCUGGCAAGAGCACAUCACCUAAUUUUGCACCUGCCUUUUCCAUAUCUGUACUGAGGCACCUGGCACCCCCAGCACACACCCAGCUGGGGUGGGCUCAGAGCUGCCCUGAGCUGGGACAUGAAACAUCUCUCAACUUUCUGCCUUUGAGCACUUGCAGCAGCUGGAGCAGUGGGCACGUAGGGGGUGUGGGGAUGUU